AUGCCUCGCCUUUGGUCGUUCCUCCCUCACUCUACUCUUCGCCAGCUUUCGACGCCUCCAAUCCCCGCUCGGACUCCAACACGCGAGGCUCUCACGGCCUCGCCCUUGGCUCGAGAUACCUUCGUGUCGCAGAGUGUUAGCUCGCCUUCAGUAUCUGGCUCGACAAUCCAGAAUGAGAGUGCCUCAAACGCUACACCAACCGCCCUUGGGGGACACACGGCCCUGACCGGCCAACAGGCAGCGACAUCGAGCCUUCCCAGCGGCACCGCUGAACUCGUGCCCGCAGCGGAGCUUCCGCAGGCGGCGAAGAGAGGCCCGGACUCAUUGGAUUCUACAAAUGAGGUGCCAGCUCCGAAGCGGCAAAAGCCACGUACACCUGACAUCUAUCUUGACGGCCUGGGUGACCUCACUGUUCGGGUUGCCUACAAUAACACCACUACAGACUUGCUCGUCUGCUCGCGCACGCUAGCUCGAGCGAGCAAGUACUUCUCAAAGUUGCUCUACGGGGACUACGCUGAAAGCAAGUGGAAAGCUGGCACGGGCGACUGGGUCGUCGCGAUGCACGAGGUUGAGCCACAGAUGCUCGCCAAGUUGCUCAGAUUCCUCCACACGCACGAUCAGGCUCAGUUGCAGUCCUUUACAGCACCCGAGGUGUCCGACGCGGUUUGCGUGAUUGACUAUCUGCGCUGCGAGAGAUCGUUCUCCUCCGUCGUCACGUCGUACUGGUCUUCGAGGAUUCGGGACCAACUCAAUGCCGAACCAGAACAGAACUGCAAUAUACUCCUGCAUGCGUCGCUGCACCUUGGCCUCAGUGACCAAUUCACAACGUUGAUGGACAGGCUGCAGUCUGAGGUCAACAAGAUCAAGCCGCGUGAAGAGUUUUCAGCAAAGACGUCUAGCAUGCGGAAGGAUAAGGCACUGCCCCUCACCCGCAGUGAUGAUGAGCUUCUAUCACUUGACGACCGCCUCGAGAGAUUUGGCCUCGAGGAUCUGCUGCGCUGGCGUCGGGACGCCCUCUGGGGGAAGGAGCUCGAGUACAAGUGCAAGGGCCUUCUGAUCUACCGCAGCCGCUUGCUUCCAUACCUGCCUUCGACAAGCGCAAGCGCGACCACCAGGCAAGCCGCAGUCCGUGCCAUUGCUCAAGGUCUGGCCCCGCCCCGCAACCGGAAGAUCAAGGCGGCACGGAAUCGCUCAGAUCAGUACGCCCUUUGCGUCGAGCUCAGAGCUCAGGGCAUGGCAUCGGAGAACUUCAACCCAGGCUCGCACCAAUACGAGUCUCUUCUCGCCUGUUUCCAGGCGCUGCGUGGAAUCUUCCCCCGCCAUCCCCGCCAGCGACUUAAUUCCCCACGACGAUUCGCCAUCAUGCAGAUGAGGAAAGAGCUGCGAGUGGUUGAACAUGAGUUCCGCCAGAUCGUUCAAGACCACAACAAAUUCGACAUGCCGCCGCAGCUGGAGCAAUUCCUGCAGGAUCAAAGGAAACGAUACAACUAUGCUUGA